GACUCGCUCUAAAGUUAUCUGACUGGAUUAAGGUUUCGCACAAUUAUUCGUGGUGAGGCCGGACGGAGGUAGCAGAGAUGGCCGAUCUCAGCAUCUCCUUGUCCCUACUGGUGGGGAUUGUAGUUUUCAGCGAGGCGACGAGGAGGACUGUCUUAUAUCUGCUCCCAAACCGCUUCUGGACCAUCAAUGUUCUGGAGUUUAUUUCUACGUUCCAGCUGUGCGCGUGCACUCAUGAGUUAAAGCUGCUCGCGGAGGUGGGCGGACUCGAGACUCAUAUUGCAUUGACACUCACGUAUCUGAUCUCGGUGGUCCACGGGCUUUCAUUCCACGGUGCGAUCUGUAACCCCACCGGCGCGCUGGAGCAGCUUUGCCGCGGGACUCUGUCCCGCAGAUGCGCACUGGCAAGGAUCUCAUGCCAGCUGACCGCGGCUGUACUGGCACGCAGCGUGAUGCCACACGUGUGGGCACUGGCGCUCUCUGACCUUCACUCAAAGCACAAACUGAUGGGGUUUAAAUGCAUGAACAGCCCUAUUAAUGCCCCGGUGCUACAGGCCGCUGCGGUGGAGCUGGGCUGCGCUUUUCUUAUACACACAGCAGUCUCUAACAUGGAUAAAGUGGAGGAGAAAUAUCGAGUUCAUGCCAUAGCUGCUGUCAUUACCACCUUAGCCUAUGCAGGUGGACACAUCACAGGAGCAGUCUUCAACCCAGCACUAGCAUUCUCAAUUCAGUUUCCCUGUCCUGGAAACACUGUCUCAGAGUACACAUUUGUAUACUGUCUGGGACCAAUACUAGGUAUGGCAUGCUCUCUGCUGCUUUUUGACCAGGUGAUUCCAGUCAUCUCAGGAAAAAGCACAAUUUUAAAGGGCCUAAACUCCAGUGAACUCAAAAAGAAAAAGAUGAAGUAAAUUUAAGGUGCUAUUUUAAAGGGUCUUAUUCAGUAAACACACUCAAAAAAAAACAACAAAAAAAAA